CAUACAGUGACUGAAUAUGAUAUUUGUCCUGUUGGAUUUCCUGGUUCUAUGAGUCCACGCCCUAUCAGGCCGUCAUCCUCUAUCAGAAGAAAACACAAUGGGAUGCUAUGCGAGACGGAUUCUGAUUGUCCUUCCGGUAAAUGUUGCGGAGUAUUGGGCCAAAACAUGUGUGUUUAUCGUCAUGAUCAUCAUAAACCCCGCCACAGACUUUCCGACAAGAGCGAAGAUGGUCGGAAAAGUAAAGCAAUGCGACAACUGUCAAAGUUUACCAACGUCAUCGACCAAUCAAAAUUACAGAAAUCUGCAGAGAACAUGACUGCGCACUCCAUUUCUAUUGAGAAAACCGAGAGAUACGGAAAAGGUGGAAACUGUAAGAACGCAGAAGAAAGUGGGUCUACAAGGGGGUGUGGCAGGGUGUCCAGGUGGAGACACCUGUUCUUCAUCAUCUGUCUGGGUGUCGUUUGCGCAGCUAUCAGUUUCAUUACUUUAUCAGUCUUUUGUAGGAAACGGAAGGAUGCCAGCCCUAAGAAAGUUGUCGUAAAACAGGAUGUUGUCCCAGUUGCUGCGCUUCGUAAUCCUGAUGUCUCAGUAGCAACUGAUUCCAAGAAAAUGGUUGUCAAUUUGGACGACUGCCAAUUGUAACCUAUAACCAUCAAGUAAAAAAAUAUCAUGGCUUUGAAAGGACAUCGAUACAAAUGAAAAGUUAAAACUUGAAAAGGUUACACUGAAACAAAAUCUAAAUCCAUAUCUUUUUUUCAUAGUUUUAAACUAUAGAAUCACCGGUCUUUUCUCACAUAAAAAUUAUACAAUUGAUUUUCAUUAUAAAAGAAACUAAAGAGAUUCAGAUUGGGAACCGUUAGUCAUGAAUAAGAAUUA